AUGACCGAUGAGAAAGGCCGUCUUCUAGAGGAGGGCUCUAGAGAGCCGGCCAUUAGUGAGCAGCAUCACGUUUCGACCCCAUCACCCAGCUCAGCCAGCAGAAUGGGCCGGUUCGCGUUUCUUCUCUUCCUGACGGGUCUGUUGACCUUCAACGUGCGCUCGCAAGAGCCUCCGAGUAUCGAGCAGAGAGUGGACAGGAUCUUGUCAGAAACGCCGUUGAUCGAUGGCCACGAUGACCUCCCCAUCCUCGUUCGAAUGAACUAUAAUAACCGGAUCUAUGGCGAUAACUUCACCUCGCCCUUCACCAACGGCUCGUUGACCGGGCAUGUCGACCUCCCGCGGUUGUCCAAGGGUAAAGUAGGUGGUACAUUCUGGAGUGUCUUCGUGGAAUGUCCUAAGGAUGGGCUAGACUGGUCGGAUGAGAAUUAUGCUACGAGCCUCCGCCAAACCUUUGAGCAGGUCGAUGUCAUGUCGCGCAUACAAAACGCCUAUCCCAAUGUCUUCUCGAGUCCGCCCAACGGUACGACUGCCCUGCAAGCCUUCCGGGAUGGAAAGAUUAUUUCGCCGCUAGGAAUCGAGGGCCUUCACUCGAUUGGAAACUCCCUAGCACAUUUGCGCGAUUUCUACAAACUGGGCGUAUCCUAUGCCACCCUCACCCAUAACUGUCACAACCGUUAUGCGGAUGCAGCGGUGCAAGAAACUUCAGACGGGGGCAGCAAAAAGGCUGAUCCAUACUGGCAUGGGAUUAGUGAAGCUGGAAAGGACCUUGUGUUUGAGAUGAAUCGCCUCGGGAUGAUUGUCGACUUGGCUCAUGUGAGUGCAGACACAAUGCGGGACGUCCUUGGUGCGGGCAAGGAUGACUGGACUGGCAGUCGAGCGCCGAUUAUCUUCAGCCAUAGCUCUGCUUAUGCUGUCUGCCCGCACCCGCGCAACGUUCCGGACGAUGUCCUGCAACUGGUCAAGCAACGGAAUUCAAUCGUUAUGGUCAACUUUGCUCCUAACUUCGUUUCUUGCAAAGCGACCAAUGUUACCAACGGAAUCCCAGAGCUUGACCCUGAGCACGCUACAUUGGAGCACGUCGUUGACCACAUCGUACAUAUUGGACAGUUGAUUGGCUUCGACUAUGUCGGCCUGGGAAGUGAUUUCGACGGGAUUCCAACAGUCCCCCGGGGUCUGGAGGAUGUGUCCAAGUUUCCCGACUUGAUUGCGGAACUACUGAAGCGGGGUAUUAGUGACGAGGAUGCUGCCAAGGUGGCUGGGGGCAAUCUGUUGCGGGUGUGGAAGGAUGUCGACCUGGUUGCUCUUCAGCUGCAGGCCGAGGGUGCUCUUCCGGCGGAGGACUAG